AUGAGCACUGAUAAAGUUUAUUCUGCUGAUUCUAUUGCCUCUCGCGACUCAGUUGAGGGCCAAUGCUACAAAACUUCUGAAUAUUUUCCUUGUCCACACAUUAAAACUAUUAAGCAUAAGACAAGACUUAAUUGCUUCAAAUGUGGUCUAUGUCUUCACGAUGGAGCAAAAGCUUACAAGACAUAAAAUAUGAAAUAUGGCACAUACUUUGAUCCUAGCAAAUUCUUUUCAUCAUGCUUGAAGCAAAAGCUACCUUAAAUAGUUAUUGACAAGGAAUCUGAAUAUUACAAGAAUAGAAAUUAGUUGCUUGAUUUGCUUUACGAUACCAGUCAUAGCUUAAAACUCACAGUCAAUACAACUCAUUUAGCAGUUAUGUUUAUGGAUUUCGCCUUAAGCAGAAUCCAUUCUGUUUCUUACAAGACUAUGCAAAUUUAUGCAGCUACCUGUGUUAUGCUUGCUGCUAAAACUAUUGAGUUAGAUGAAAGAAUCCCUUUUAUUUCAAAAUUGAAAAGAUACUCUAAUUUGGUUUCAUAUGAUUCUAAAGAGUUCUACUAAGUUGAAUAAUCAAUUCUAAAAGAACUUAAUUGGAACUUAUAAUGCGUUACCCCUAUUGAUGUCAUCGAGUACUAUCUCAGUCAAGGAAUUGUUUUUUCAACUGAUUAAUUUACUGAAGAGAGUUCAAGUAAUUCAAGUUUCAAUGAAGAAAAUGCUCUUAAAGAGAAGCAUAAUUAGAACGAUACUACUCCUAGCGCUUUAUCAAAUAAAAACUCUAAUUCUGUUACAAAUAAGGCAUAAGGAUUAAAGAAUGACGAAAACAAAGACUUCACUUCAGCAUUAAAUAAUCUUUCUAUCGGAGAAAAGGAGAAUAGCGGUACUACUUAUGUAGGUUCUUGCAGCUCAACUAAUAACUUGAAGAAGAAAGUUUAAAUUAGCGACUUAAAUGACUCUCGUAUCUUCCAAAUAGUCUAAAAAAUAGAAAAAGACUAUUCUCGCCUCGCUAAUCUCAUAAUUAGAGAUCAUAGAUUUAACGAUUUCCACAUUAAGGUUAUUUCUGCAGCCAGUGUUUGCUUCUUAAGAAAGAUUAAUGGUAUUACUCCUGCUUGGAAUAAACAAUUAACUUCUUUAAGUAAUAACUUAAUCAAUGAGUCUAUGUUUUAAGAUUGUUUGAAUAUCUUAGAAAGCAAAUUCUCUUCAUAAUUUUAACCUGUAUAAACAAAUACUAUUGCUAAACGUCCUGCAGUAUUAAGCAUUAACAAUUCAAAUAUGCUUCUUCGUGAUUCUGAAAGUUAGAACAAAGCUCCUACUAGCUCUUCUAUUCCCACAAAAUUCAAUUACAGAAACAAUCUUUCCACCCAUACAAGCAAUCAUAAGGUACCCACUGGAGAGAAUACUUAUAAAGUGAUAACCAAGCCUUUGCAAUUCAGUCACACAAAUAAUAACAAUAUUUAUUGUGACAAUGACUUACCUACUCAAUAUAGCGUUCUUAGUAAUGCAAGUACAAAUACUGUAUUGACUAAUAAAAGUAACUACACAAACUAUCAAUACAAUAAUAGCUAUUUAAGUAGUUAGAAUGUGCACCAUCACCAAAUAGGGUAUGGAGGAAACUCAGCUAAUAACCAAAACAUCUAUCCUUCUUCAAGUUUAUUAUCUACAAACAAUACAUAUUUAAAGCAUGGAAAUGCUUAGCAAUAACACAAAAGCUAUAUAUUAUAAACUAGAAGUGAUUCUAACUUUCUUUGA